CUUGGAGGAAGGUAGGAGAGACACCCCCCCGCCUCGGUUCGCUGCCCUGGGCCCGGGAAAGCUGCCGCCAGCCCCGGCUGAGGAAUCGUAUCCACGUUUCGCUCCAGAUUGUCCCGUCUUCCAGAGGACAGAGAAGGGAAAUGGCUGCGAUGGAGACAGCUCAGAUGCCGGUGACCUUCGAGGAGGUGGCUGUGUAUUUCACCCAGGGGCAGGGGGCUCUGCUGGACCCCGCUCAGAGAGCCCUCUACAGGGACGUCAUGCAGGAGAACUACGAGACAGUGACCUUGCUGGGAUUCCCCUUUCCCAAACCUGACCUAAUCAGCAGUCUGGAACGAGGGGAAGAGCUGUGGGUGCCCGAUCUACAGGCCUGCGAGGAAAGAGAGAUCUCAAGAGGUGCCCACACAGGUAACGAGCCAGUGAGUGAGAAAAAGGAGAGGAAUCAACAACAGGAAGUUCCUGGGCACGGAGAACCACAGGAGACCUUUGUGGGAAGAGCUGCAGGGAAUUUUUCCCAGUGGUUGGAACAUGGAGAAGCCUGGGGAAAUUGGCAGAGGUCAGAGAGGCUGCUGAGAAACUACUCAAGGGAGCAAAUGGAUGAAUUUAUUAUCUGUGGGGAAGGAUACAGGGAUCCCACAGCCCGGCAGACAACCCCUAGGGAAGACAAACACCAUGAAUGCCUUGGUUAUGAAAAGAAAUUCAUUCUGAGACCACAGUGUGUUUCCCCUCAGGCAAUUCAUACUGGAGAGAAAUCACUUCAGUGCUUGGACCAUGGGAGAAGCCACACGGGACAGAAACCCUAUCAGUGCCUUAAGGGCAGGAACUCUUUGAAUUGGAAGUCAGCACUGACUGCACAUCACAUACGCCACAUGGGAGAGAAACCCCAUAAGUGCUUGGACUGUGGGAAAAGUUUCACACAAAAAUCAAAACUUAAACAUCAUCAGUGGAUCCACACAGGAGAGAGACCCCAUAAGUGCUUACACUGUGGAAAAAGUUUUGUACAUAGGUCAGACCUUGUUACACAUCAGGCUAUUCACACUGGACAGAGACCCUAUAAAUGCUUAGACUGUGGGAAAAGUUUCAUACAAAGGUCAAACCUUGUUAAACAUCAGGCAAUCCACACAGGAGAGAGACCCCAUAAGUGCUUAGACUGUGGAAAAAAAUUUAUAUGGAAGUCAGCCCUUGUUAAACAUCAAGAAGUCCACACAGGAGAGAGAUCCCAUAAGUGCUUAGACUGUGGGAAAAGUUUCAUACAGAGGUCAGACCUUGUAAGACAUCAGGCAAUCCACACAGGAGAGAGAUCCCAUAAGUGCUUAGACUGCGGAAAAAGUUUCAUACAGAAGUCAGACCUUUUAAAACAUCAGGCAAUCCACACAGGAGAGAGACCCCAUGUGUGUUUAGACUGCGGAAAAAGUUUCAUACAAAGGUCAUACCUUUUAAAACAUCAGGCAAACCACACAGGAGAGAGACCCCAUCAGUGCUUAGACUGUGGAAAAAAUUUUGUAUGGAAGUCAGCCCUUGUUAAACAUCAAGCAGUCCACACAGGAGAGAGAUCCCAUAAGUGCUUAGACUGUGGGAAAAGUUUCAUACACAGGUCAAAUCUUAUAAGACAUCAGAAGAUCCACACAGGUGAGAGACCCCACAAGUGCUUAGACUGUGGGAAAAGUUUCAUACACAGGUCAAAUCUUAUAAGACAUCAGAAGAUCCACACAGGUGAGAGACCCCACAAGUGCUUGGACUGUGGGACAAGUUUCAUACAGAGGUCAGACCUUGCUAAACAUCAGGUAAUCCACACAGGAGAGAGACCCCACAAGUGUUUAGACUGUGGGAAGAGUUUCAUAAGGAGAUCAACCCUUCUUAAUCAUCAGGCAAUCCACACAGGAGAGAGACCCCAUAAGUGCUUAGACAGUGGGAAAAGUUUCAUACGGCAGUCAGCUCUUGUUAGACAUAUAAUAGUCCACACAGGAGAGAGACCCCAUCAGUGCUCAGACUGUGGGAAAAGAUUCAUGCAGAGUUCAACCCUUGUUAAACAUCAGGCAAUCCAUACAAGGGGAAGACCAUAAGUGCUUGGACUCUGGGAAAGUUUCAGAAUCAGAUCGGCCGUUCUAAACAUCAGGCAAAACGCACAUAGUGUUUAGACUAUGGAAAAACAUUUCAAAUAGAUGUCAGCCGUUGUUUUACAUCAGAGAAUCCACCCAGGGAGACACCCUGUAACUGCUUAGCCUUUGGAAAGAGUUUUAUACACAAUCAAACAUUGUUAAACAUCCAGCAAUCCACAUUGGAGAGAGACCCCAUAAGUGCUUAGACUGUGGGAAACAUUUCAGAAACUGAUCAGUCAUUGUUUUACAUCAAAGAAUCCACACAAGAGCAAGACUCCAUAAGUACUGGACUGUGACAAAAGUUUCAGACAGUGAUCGGAUGUCAUUAAACGUUGGAGAAUUCACACACAAUCUAAACUUCUGUGACACCUGGCCAGAAAGAGUUAAGAACCUUGCAGGCUAUUUGGCCUAGAUUCAACAUUUAAAGACGUGUUAGAAAAGUUUGUAAAUGAUGUUUGGGGCCAUUGAAAGUUAUAUAGACUAGAACUUUGAAUGUGAACGUGUAUUGUUAAAAACUUGGAAGAAGAUAGUAGUGUGGUUGAUUAAUUGCAAUUAACUCAAAAAAAAUAAUGGUGUGUAUUAAAACUCAGAAAUAAAGCAAUUAAAAAC